AUGAGGACGUGGGAUGCAUAUAGCCAGGAGAAAUGCGACCUGUGCGGAGAGAAGGCCUCCGCGGCGUGCUCGAAGUGCCGGAGCUGUCGCUACUGCAGCCCAGCCUGCCAACGCCGGCACUGGGCCACGGACCACAAGCAUCGAUGUCGACUAGCAGGCAGCUUGCUGACGGCACGCCGACAGCUGCAAAGAGGCGACUUUGCCUUUUCGCUGCAAACGGCUGAAGAGGCCAUGAAGGCACAUGCCGGCGCCAUCAAGGCGGAGGCAGACAAGGAAUACGCCUUCGAUGCGGACAUGGUGAGAGCACUUGCUCGAGGCUUGUCCCUCGCAACGGUUUGUGUAGCAGAAGCGCUUGCGUCCGAUCAGGAACUUGCGAAGCACAAGUUCUGCCGUGCCUGCUUUGCGGCCGUGGCAACUUUGCUGGAUGUCGCGGCGGCCUUGAGGGAGGAGCGUUGCCCGCCGCAGCUCUGGAAGCCGGUCCAGGCCAUCGCGGAGGGGCAGGAAGGCCAUCUGAGCGGCGGAGGUGACCCGGUGCUCUCUGCCUGGAUGAUGUACGACUCCUAUGCGAAGGGCUUGGCGGAUAGGCCAUCGGCCUACGAGCACAACCUUCCCCGGAUGAGGAUCGCGGCGUUGCUGGCCUUGAAAGACGCCGCCGCCGCGGCGGUGGCUAUGCUGCAGGGGGACAGCAGCUUUGCAGACAUUUCUGCCGCGGGGGCUGUUGACGCGAUCUUGGACACGCAGCACUUGAAAGCAUGCCGGGAUGAUAUUGCUCCCCUUCGCGAGUUCUAUCCCCAAGGACUGGCAGGUGAGGAGGAGGAUGAUACCAUCGAGCCCUGGCACAAGUUCUGA